AUGCCCAUUAAAACUCUCGAGUCCUACUUGUUUGACAACUAUGCGUUGACGAGCUACCAGGUGGAGAUCUUGAGAUACUCCAAGCUGGGAAUAGACGUGGACCAUUACUUGUCGCGUCUGAUUUCUGGAAAGAGAGAGACAGCUUUGGAGGGUCUGGGUGGAUUUCCGGUUACUCUCAUCCAGCUAAUUGAACAGGACCUCAAUGCUCUCAAGGAGCUGGAGGUGACUCCUAUCUUCGUUUUUUCUGGGCUUGAAACCACCCUUCAAUACCAGGCGCUACAGAACCCAGACAUGCUGCCAAAUGAGAGAUAUCACCGCAGAGUUUGGGACAGAAUUGCCAAAGAUCCACAGCACCAGGAGUCCUUCAGAGAGCCAAACUCUCCUGCUAACCUAAGACCGUUGAUGCACCAACUGUUUCAAUAUUUCACCGAGAACGACAUCGAAUUCCUCAUUGCUCCAUACUCCUCAUGGAUGCAAUUGGCCUACAUGCGCUCACAAGACGUGAUUGAUGCUGUUUUUGGCCCGACAGACCUGUUACUGGUGGAAACGCUAGAGAACUUCAUCUUCAACCUGGAUCUCCAGUCCAACAAGGAAUUCAAGGCUUUAGACAGAAGCCAUGUUUUCGGCAGAUUGAGCUUAACGGAAAAGCAGUUUAGGGAUAUUGCAGUCACUGUUGGUUUUGACUUACAGCCGGAAACUUUGACAAUAUUCCCUCCUCAGAUCCCAGGUUCGCUAGCUCCGGUGCCUAACUUCAGGUCCCUACACGAGUAUAUAACUAACGGAGGUUCCAUAUACAAUACCCUUCUUUCCCUGCCGCAGAGUGGGUUUUUGGAAAAGUUCCAGAAGGGCUGUGCUUCUGUGGAGUAUGCACCAGUGAUGAAGACCAGUGGAGCGGUCGAGCCUUUUGCCGAGGAGAAGGUCUCGACAGAGGCUGCGGAUUCCGAAGAAAAGCCUAACGGCCAUGCCAAAAAAGAAUCAUCAGAGAUUUCCCCCAAAUCAGUUUCCCGCUUGCGGCCAAACAUUCCUAAUGACUUGCACGAGUUUGUGGGCCAGAGACUAGCUGACGAGAUCUACUUCUACCAGUCUGUGGGCAUCACUAGUUUCUCUCUGUACGAGGCUAUCAUAUACGGUUCAAUAAUCGAGAGACUUCCUUUGGAUGGAGUCGCAACCCCAACGUACACCAAGCUGGUAACGGACAGACAGAGAAUUGAGCUAAAGAACCAGUCGUUGAACUUGAUCACCGGGAUGAUGAACCGUUACUACCAGGUCAAAAAGCUCAAAUUGAGCACCUACUUUCAAGGUGAGAAAUCGUAUGAUCUUAUACACAGAAUACAGCCACCUGUUUUUGUCAAAAUCGGAUCGCUGUUUGUCCAGGAUGCCUCUCUGGCUGGCCAGGGAUCGGUUUUGCAGAGGCUCUUCACUAACUUGUCUGCAGAUUUUCUGUUGAAGGCAACAGACACCAGUAAGGGAAAGCAACAGCAUAUCACUUCUGAUUCAGAGCUUGUGGCUAGCUCACUGUUGAGAGCACUAUCCCUACAGGGCUUUGUUUCCCCAUCUGCCCCAUUCAAGCUGACUCCAUGGGGCGAGCUGUUGCCGAAGGUCGGUGCCUCGAAGUUUGCAGAACAACUGUUCCUGAUUGUCUCAUACUUCAAAACUUUCCAGCAGACAAUUCAACCUUCUGACCUGAUCUUGCCCAACGAAUUGGGCCAAAUUCCAGACUCUCCCACCAAGAAUGCUGCCAUCAUCAUCAGCAAGCUGUGUUCACUCAUUCCUGUGACAGAUCUGAGAAGCUACAACACCCGCCAUUUGUCGCGGUCGAUUCUCCAGACACGCUCUCUGUUUGACAUCAUCAACAAUGAUGCCUCAGAGGCGGUCAAUGUGAACGUGCUUUCCAUUCUCAUUAGCAAUGUGGACGACACUAGAAAGUUUGAGAGGACAAAUAGCGAAUGGAGAAAGCUUGCGGCAUCCCUUCCAUUUUCCAACUCCAUACCCAAUGUUAUCAUGGGCCUAAUGCUGCAAUUCUUCUUCUCAACCUACUUGAGGAAUAGAGACGCAGAGAUAACACCCACCUCGGCCAUUUCCAAGGCCAAAAACCUGCUGAAUGAUACUUUCAGAAGUAUUGGAACAGAUCCUGCUUCGAGCAUAGUGAGUGGUUUAACGUUCUUCAAGGAAGUGCUGAUUGUUCUUAACGACAUGGCAGGCAAGAAGUUGAUCGCCAAAGCUUCCGAGUUCCUGCCCGUAUUCGAAGAAGCAGAGAAUCUUUGCAAUGAAAUAUUAGAUAUGCUGUCAUCGCCUUGA